CCCUUACAUCAUUGGAACAAUGAACCAAGCCACUUCCUCCACUCCUAACCUUCAGCUGCACCACAACUUUAGAUGGGUACUAUGUGCCAAUCAUACUGAGCCAGUCAAGGGCUUUCUUGCCCGAUUCUUGAGAAGAAAACUCAUUGAAACAGAAAUUGGUGGCCGGGUGAGAAAUGCAGAAUUAAUUAAGAUUGUAGACUGGAUUCCCAAGGUUUGGCAACAUCUCAACAAGUUCUUGGAAGCUCACAGUUCUUCAGACGUUACUAUUGGUCCACGCCUGUUUCUCUCUUGCCCUCUAGAUGUGGAUGGGUCAAGGGUUUGGUUUACUGACUUAUGGAACUAUUCCAUUGUUCCCUAUCUUCUUGAGGCUGUCAGAGAAGGGCUACAGUUGUAUGGUAGGAGAGCACCAUGGGAGGACCCUGCCAAGUGGGUGAUGGACACUUAUCCAUGGGCAGCUACUCCGCAACACCACGAGUGGCCUCCUUUGUUGCAAUUGCGUCCAGAAGAUGUUGGCUUUGAUGGUUAUUCUAUGCCACGAGAAGGUUCAACCAGCAAACAGGUUCCACCUAGUGAUGCUGAAGGAGAUCCUCUGAUGAACAUGCUGAUGAGGUUGCAGGAGGCAGCUAAUUAUUCAAGUCCACAGAGUUACGACAGUGACUCCAACAGCAAUAGCCAUCACGAUGAUAUCCUUGACUCAUCCCUGGAGUCAACGUUAUGAAUAGAACUUAGAAAUGGUUGUUUCCAGUGGUCCGUCCUUUGCCUCCCUUAGAAAAACGAAUCACCAAGCCAUGGAGAGAAUUGACCUUGGUUCAGAAGGACAUCUCAGUAUUAGAGCUGCGAGAACAAUACAAUCUCUUCCACCCUCUCUGCCUCCCCCAUUCAGUGUCAAAGAUGGGUGCAGGCAACCCAGCUGAUGUUUUAUAUCUUGCAUUUCGUUUUCCUUAAUAAGAACUGCACUAUUUUUUGUUUUUCUUUUGUUUUGUAGUUUACAUUGCUGUGAGUUCACAUGCCUACGACACUGAACACAUUAUUUUCAUAAAAACAACGGUGCUUAUCUAGUUGUGUCUGUCCAUUGACCAAACAACUUCUGCUUGUGAAGUGGAUUACCAUUAUCUCUGAUUCCCUAAACCUGCUCCAAUAUUUAAAGGGACAUCUGGAGUAAAUUUCAUUACAAGGGUGCAGGGGAGGCGAGUAGAGGAAAAACUGAAGUGCAAGAGAAUUGUGUUUAAUUGACAUAAGGUGUACUCCAUUAAUCAUAACAAUCUCUGGGGAGAGUUAGUUGGAGGCAAUAAAUGAAAAAAAAAAAAUUUACCAUCAAA